AUGGUACAAGUACAACUUAUAGACUAUUUUAAUCGAGACCUUCAAUUGCCAAAUGGACAAACUUGUGUUUGCCCAAGUGGAUUUUCUUGCAAUUAUUUGGGUACAUUCGUUCCACGGUGCUUCAUGUCAUUCACAGUCAUUCUAUCAUCACAAGAUGAAUCAGUAAAAUAUUUUUCUACUGAAUUUGUGCCAUUAACGCCAUCUGGAAAAAUUGAUAUCAGCAGUAUGUCAGAACAACAGCAACUGAUUUGGCAUCAACCUCAUAUAUUCUAUCUUACUUCUAAACCGUCAGCAAUUGACAUAUUUGUUCAUCAUAUGGGAGCUGUAAUAAAUGCUCAAACUGGAGAGUUAACACAGAUCCAAACUGUUUUACACGUUGACACUUUUAUUCAACCGUUAAAAUCAGUCAUUCCAUCAACCCAAAACGAUCAUCACUCUACAAUAACGCAAACUCUUAAUGGUGUAAUUCUUCAAACGCAGUUGACAUUGACAUUUGCUAUACAGUGCAUAAAAGGAUUAAUAGGACCAAACUGCGAUCUCAUUUGUAAUGUGUCUGCAUCAAAUGCUGCUAAUGCAAUUUGCAGAUCUAAUUUGACUAACUUUUUUUUCGUCUGCAGUUAUAUGAUCAAUGGACAAGUUCAUGACUGUGUUGAAUGUCCAUGGGGGAUCAGUCAAGAAUCAUACUGUCAAAGUGCAGAUGGUGGGAUUCUUAAUCCAUCUACUGCAGGUGUUGUAUCAUCCAGUUACAAAAUCGCAACCAUAGUUCUUGGCAUUGUUGCCGGCAUUCUACUCAUUUUGUUCAUCCUUAUAGUUAUCUAUACUUUAUUAAUGAAUAGGCGAAUGCAAGAAGGAAUUCGUCAUUCAAAUAAUGCCAAUUCUGGACAUAAUUACAGAUCAGCUCUAAGAACUGAAGGCAACGCUAACCGACCAUUAUUACAAGUUUGCUUAGCUUUGCAGAAUAUUGCUUAUUUAAUUGAACUGCUAUCUGUUACAGAGUCAUCCCUCAGAAAACUUAUUACGUCGCCACCAGCACACCUUGGUGGUGCUUCAUCCCUGAACGAUACACUGAACAGUACUCUUUCCAGUGUACCUUUACCGCCAAGUAAAGAAGCCGAUGUAUAA